AAAAGGCGCUGGGGCUCCGCGGGAGGAAGUGCGCGAGCUCUCGACUCUCCGCUGCGCGGCCCCUGGCGGGGGAAGCAGCCAGGUGAGCCAAAGAUGCUGCCGCGCUCGAAGCCGGCGCUGCCGCCGCCGCUGCUGCUGCUGCUCCUGGGGCCGCUGGGUGCCCUCUUCCCGGGCGCCCUGCCCGGAACCGCGCAAGCACAGGACGCCGUGGACCUGGACUUCUUCACCCAGCAGCCGCUGCACCUGGUGAGCCCCUCGUUCCUGUCCAUCACCAUCGACGCCAACCUGGCUACGGACCCGCGGUUCCUCGUCUUCCUGGGUUCUCCAAAGCUUCGUACUUUGGCCAGAGGCCUGUCUCCUGCGUACCUGAGGUUUGGUGGCACCAAGACAGACUUUCUAAUUUUUGAUCCCAAGAAGGAAUCAACCUUUGAAGAGAGAAGUUACUGGCAAUCUCAAGUUAACCAGGAUAUUUGCAAAUCUGGAUCCAUCCCUCCUGCUGUGGAGGAGAAGUUGCAGUUGGAAUGGCCCUACCAGGAGCAAUUGCUACUCAGAGAACACUACCAGAAAAAGUUCAAGAACAGCACCUACUCAAGAAGCUCUGUAGAUAUGCUGUACACUUUUGCAAAUUGCUCAGGACUGGACUUGAUCUUUGGCCUAAAUGCAUUAUUAAGAACAGCAGAUUUGCAGUGGAACAGUUCUAAUGCUCAGUUGCUCCUGGACUACUGCUCUUCCAAGAGGUAUAACAUUUCUUGGGAACUAGGCAAUGAACCUAACAGUUUCCUUAAGAAGGCUGAUAUUUUCAUCAAUGGGUCGCAGUUAGGAGAAGAUUUUAUUCAAUUGCAUAAACUUUUAAGAAAGUCCACCUUCAAAAAUGCAAAACUCUAUGGUCCUGAUGUUGGUCAGCCUCGAAGAAAGACUGCUAAGAUGCUGAAGAGUUUCCUAGAGGCUGGUGGAGAAGUGAUUGAUUCAGUUACAUGGCAUCACUACUACUUGAAUGGACGAACUGCUACAAAAGAAGAUUUUCUAAACCCUGAUGUACUGGACAUUUUUAUUUCAUCUGUGCAAAAAGUUUUCCAGGUGGUUGAGAGCACCAGGCCUGGCAAGAAGGUCUGGUUAGGAGAAACAAGCUCUGCAUAUGGAGGCGGAGCACCCUUGCUAUCCGACACCUUUGCAGCUGGCUUUAUGUGGCUGGAUAAAUUGGGCCUGUCAGCCCGAAUGGGAAUAGAAGUGGUGAUGAGGCAAGUAUUCUUUGGAGCAGGAAACUACCAUUUAGUGGAUGAACACUUCGAUCCUUUACCCGAUUAUUGGCUAUCUCUUCUGUUCAAGAAAUUGGUGGGCACCAAGGUGUUAAUGGCAAGUGUGAAAGGCCCAGAGAGAGAGAAUCUUCGAGUAUACCUUCAUUGCACAAACAUUAACAAUCCAAGGUAUAAAGAAGGAGAUUUAACUCUGUAUACCAUAAACCUCCAUAAUGUCACCAAGUACUUGCGGUUGCCCCAUCCUUUUUUUAACAAGCAAGUGGAUAAAUACCUUUUAAGGCCUUUGGGACCUGAUGGAUUACUCUCCAAAUCUGUCCAGCUCAAUGGUCAAACUCUAAAGAUGGUGGAUGAUCAGACCUUGCCACCUUUGAUGGAAAAAACUCUCCGGCCAGGAAGUUCACUGGGCCUGCCAGCUUUCUCAUAUAGUUUUUUUGUGAUAAGAAAUGCCAAAGUUGCUGCUUGCAUCUGAAAAUAAAAUAUACUAGUCCUGACA